AUGAAUACAGAGUUGAAGAAGGAGCUGGAAGAAGUGAGGGAAGAAAUCGAGCGCCUGGAGAAAAAGGAUAAUGAUGCGUCCAUGUCUGCACUGUAUCUGUCACAACUUUAUUAUCGGAUAUGCCCCAUUGAUUGGGACUACUCCUGUGAAGCCACGCUGAUCAAAGGAAUCCAUCAUGGACCAGAUAUUGCUCAGCGUAUCAAUGUCGACAGCAGUCAACACUCCCGCUGCUUCGUCGGCGACUACCUGUGGAGCCUGGUGCCGACAACCUGGUGA